CUUGAUUCCUUCAGCUUAACCAGUUAUAAUACUACAGACCCUCACGCUUACCGUAUUCGAGAAUCAUCUACAUGGAUCUCUGGAACCCCUGGGAGGACGAUUCCACUAUCAUCUCGACAAGCCUGAGCCCCCAAGCUCUGUCCCGCCGUGGCGCUGCUCUACUCACACCGUGAAUGCCUGGCGUCACGAUCGAAACUACCACCCGUGCUUCAGUUCGGCCGUUACAUUCUCGCCCAGAGCUAUGGUUGUCGUCUCCCUUUCUUGGAUAAACGCGGUGUCAUGGCGAUCAGCGACGAAUGUGUCCAGGUCUAUCGGUCUCGAAGGCUCCAGAUUCACGAUACGUACCGCCAAGGCUCGGCGUCGAGGGGCAUGUUACGCGCCGAGAAGAUGGUUAUCGAGGAUCGAAGCCAUGCCAAGUGAAUCUGUGUCGAGAGCAUCUGGAGGAAUGAAGCUCAGGCCCUAUGCUUGCGAGGCAGUAAUGUGGUACAGUGCAAUAACUAUUGCUGCAGGAAGUUAUUCUUUGUGUUCUGCGUGGUCGCAAUCACUGAUCUACUCCGUAACUAGAUGGUCCAAGAAUCUUGCCCCGCGCUACAUAGACCCCAAGCCUCAAGGUCCCAAAAGAAACGAGCCGAGGUCCCCUUUUACCAGCCGACCUCUCAGCCAGAAUCACGUCAACUGGCAGGCGAAUUGGAGACCUAUCUUAGCUUUCCGGUCCGGUGCUGAUCAUCCGCGGCUACUUCGGUCUAUAUUUGUCGGUCGUCAAUAGCAUCGUCCACAGUGGCACAGAUGGACACCGGGACGCUUAUUGCGACACACGGUGAGAUUAUGGCCAA